AUGGUGGCAUCAGAAGAGUCUCCGCUGCUACGUCCCAGCGAUGAAGAGGCCGGCGAAGAAUACACCGCAAGAAAAGAACCCGACACGUUUGUCAUCUACGCUGCGUUCUUGGGCGUCUUCAUAGCAAGCGCCGAUGAAAUGCUCGUGAUAUCGACCUACAGCGCGAUCGCAUCGCAGUUCCACCGGCUUUCUGAAGGCUCGUGGUUGCUCCUUGCAUACAACUUUGGCUACUGCAUCUCGCUGCCGGUGGUGAGUGGAUGUCAGUAUAAACAAGAAGAGACUGACGUGUCCAGUUCAGCACGCUCGGAGACCAGUAUGGCCGAAAGCGGGUGCUUGUUUGGUCGUUGGCGCGAGCAUGUCCAUUCCGCAGCUGGUCCUGUCAAGAGUGCUUGCUGGAUCCAGUGGCGCAGGGAUCCUGGUCAUGGCCUCGGUGAUUAUCACCGGUCAUUCUUCGGCCAGGUCCCAGCCGUCAUCGGCUGCGCGCUAUUCUGCUUCUACCGUCUCCCGUCCUACCUCAACGACACAGAAACAAAAGAAGAGGCCACCGAAAGACCAGCACCACCGUCAGGCAUCCGCGACCUCGACUUUGCAGGCCUCUUCACCUUUGCUGGCACUAUCCUCCUCAUGCUCUUCCUCCUCCGCGCCCUAGGAGCUCAAACCGCGGACAUGUUCUUCCAGACAUCGCUCCUUGCAUUCUUCUUUCUAUGCGGCUGCAUUCUCUUCGUCGUGAUCGAGCUCUUCUGGGCGCAGAAGCCACUCGUCCCGAUCCGACUCUUCUCGCAAACGAUUGGCAUUUAUUUCGCAUUCCAGGCAUUGAUCUUAGGCGGGCGGCUUGCUUUCAACGCCAACACCGUGCCUUAUUUCAUCCGCAUACACCACGCAAGCGACUCCCUUGCUUCGCUAGGCCUGGUUGCUAGCAUGGUAGGUGUAGGCAUCGGCGGCGUCGUCUGCGGGCUGGUGAUCAAGCGCACGAAGCGCUCCAAGCCCCCAAUCCUCUUCGCCCUGGCCAUCAAUCUCAUCUUCCACACACUGAUCUUCCUCUCCUGGCGCCAUCAGCACGACUCCACGCCCCAACGGCACAUCCGCGACGGCCUCUAUCUCCUCGGCACGGGUCUUGCGCCGGGUAUUCUCUUCCCAGCGCUCUUCACGGCUAUGGCGGCCGUUGCGCCGGAGGGCCAGCUGCACGCUUGUAUCGGGACGUAUUACCUCUGCCAGCAGCUCGGCCUGAUGAUUGGGCCUGCGGCUGCGGCGGCGGUCAGUCAAAGCACCUUUGAGAGGGGGCUUUGGAGGAGGCUGGGUGGGGUUGAGCAGAAGAGGGUGCUCAUUAAUCGCAUUCUCAAUGAAGUCCGCUUUGCCGAGACCCUUCCGGCGAAUGUGCAGCGGGUUGUUAGGGAGUGUUACCUUGCGGGAUUCCAGUAUCUGCCGCUGUUUCCCGUCGCCGCUACGGCUAUCAUGCUUCCGGUCCUGCUGGUCCUCAGGGAGCCGAGGCUUGCCUGA